AUGACAGGCACUUCCGGAAUGGAGGACCAAACUGCUGGAAUGGUUGUGUGCGAGCCAGUUACUACGAACGAAAGCAUAACAUCGACAGAUUCCACCCGGUCCAAUGGUAAUAUCAAAGCAGUCUACCACAAAUUCAUGAACCCGAUUGAUUCAUCUCAUCAAGUUUCUCAGCAGAGUGGAAGUCUCAUCCGCCGUUCUUCGGUUGAUAGAGUCAAACAAUGCCCAGAGACGCCUACGAGAUCGCUGCCUAUUAGUUCUAACCGACUUCGCCAGAAGACGUGGGCUUCUGUCGCGUCAAAAGGGGUGGAUGCAAUUCGCUCAUCUGCAAAGUCCACCAACUACAGCAAGCGAACCCCGUACAGAAAUGGCCAAUCUUCAGGCGCGGGCUCAUAUCGCUUGAUUUCAGUUACUCAGGCAGAGGAACAGUCUACUCCAUGCCCGGGUAAGAGAACCAAGGAAUGCAUCAAGCAAAACAGUCAAGCUCGGAGCAUUAUUGAAAAGGCACUUCCUUCUGAAAAGCCAUUGCCGUGCCCACCUGAAUCUGACCAAGAGGCUGAUAAGAGAUCCACUCCCACCUCGCGCACCAUUAUUGAUGCUAAAGACGCUACACUGCACCGCUCCCCUCCUGAGAACCCUCAUGUAAACGAAGAAUGGCCGGCUCUUGCACCGGCAAAUGCCGAAGAUGAGGCGGAGGAUGGAAACAAAGAAAAUAACCUUAACGAUGAAGCCAAACUGGCUCGAAUCGAAGAAGAGACAUGCACUCUAGUUCCGGAUGGAGUCAGGAUGUUUGCCGAUGCUUUAUCCAAGCUUACAAUAGCAACUGCUUGCAAUGAAAACAGCAAUGGUCAGCAUCAUACGGGAGGGAAUAAGUCCGAGCUUGAGAAAGAUACAGCUGUUGCUUCUGUCGAUGCUUCAACGAAAUGGAACACACCUACUCGGAGUCAAUUGUCAACGAAUGUCCCGUUUCCUGCAUCUGGAAAGCCACUGUCACCAAAUAUUGUGACUAAUUUCACGAGAAAACCAGUUCAAGCUGAGCCCUCUUUUGCUUACCACAAUCUGAGACCAACACCUGGGUAUCAUGCUCUAGGCCCAAAGCCAAACCCUUUCAAAAACCGUCCUAGGGUCGCGUCUUCGCCCAGCAGCGCAAACUCCCUGCCGUCCAGGGAACAUAGAGCGGCGUCCUAUUCAUUCGACCAUCCUACCCCAUCCGCUAAAAGCCCCUUAGUGGUGACCCCGAAGGGGAAGUCAACUGGAAUACGUACUCCAUCAAACCCAUUCUAUGCAGUUUCCCUGAAUACAACCCCUCGCAUGGAUAGAAGUGGUUCUAGGAUCCCUCGCAUGUCGCCGCGGACAUUAUUCCCUACCUCUGAAAGCGAUUUAGGUAGUAGUAAUGGCAGCCAAGUAUCGCCAUUAUCUCCAUCUAAGCGGAGCUCCAUCCCUUUGCCAGUACGGCUCCUUUAUAAGAACAGGGAUGAGGAUGUUCCUGAUAGCCCCAUUGAGGUGAUAAGCCCAUCCACUGUGUUUGAUAGGGUUGAUACAGCUGCAACUGAAAAAGCUGUGAAAGAACGCGAGACUUCUGAAAUUGUCAAGGCGGGUGCCGUUUCAAUUGUUAACGCGGGCCGCGCAUCGCAGGUUGACCUUCGGGAAGAAAUAAAAUCUCUGGCGGAAAACACAGACCCAUUCUCUGAUGAAGUGACCGUGAAACAGCUUUCAAAAAAUGCACCAUCGCACGGCCCGCAGCUACGUAUUUCGGCAGAGGCAGAGCGUCUGAUUAUGGGUGAGGAGGAUAACAAGUUGCCGGAGACAAAUGCUAAGGAAAACCAUGGGCCUAGCCGUCAGUCGGGAAGCAGGAGGGAAUUCCGCCUUUCUACCGACGGCCUCUUUGCAACUUUUGCCUCAAAGCGUUCUAAGAGUUCGUCAUAUAGGCUGUCUUUUAGUGGUAAACCGCCCACCGAAGAAAAUAGUCCCACAACUGCGGGGGGUGCGACUGGAAGGUCAAUUCCAAAGGCAAAGAGCGCUGAUUUCGGUAUUCGUCGUGUAUCAUCUGGCCAUCGUUCAACGAGACGAAAGUCUUCGCCCGAAAAGGAGCCACCUUGCCCAUCCUCUGAGAAGGCCGCGGCCGACCCAUUCUCGGACAAUGUGGAGAAAGAAUCGGACUCGAAGCCGCCCACAAAGGCUGAAUGUGAACAGCCCAUCCAAUCUGGUGAGUUAAACGAAGACUCGCGCGGAUCUCCAGCCCCAGAAUCCACCAAGAAGAGCUUGAUUCCAGUAGCUGUGGGAGAAACCACCCCAUCUCCAACGAAAACACAUGGGUCAGUGGAACGGGUUAGAAAGUCUCAGAACGAAGCAUUGAAGAUGAAUUCCCCCAGAAGUCCCCGACACAUCAAUAAAUCAAGUACUUCAUAUGGGUCGCCUCGCAGAUACGCCCGUCGACAAUCUACUGAUCGGUCCCACCAUAGACCCAAGCUCAAUCCUAAUGGAACAGAUCAACCACCAUGCGAAAAUACUGAAAACCAGGGACAGAAGGAGAAACGCCACAAGAAACGUCAUCAUCGCUCCGCUGAUCCUAUCGCACCGGCCCCCGAACCAGUCAAGGCCAAAGGUUCAGCGGCAAAAGGGGUAUUCUCUAACUUUCGUGGCUUAUUCACGAAGCAUAAAGCUGAAGGGCCAAAAGAAAAUACCCGCCAUUUGCUAUCUUACGCGAAGCCUACGGUUACUAGCCAUCUCAAGUUGUCAGUACCCGCAUCACACUCUGUCCCUCACCUUGGUACGAAUGGAAACGGGAACUUGAGCGGAGAAUUCAUCCAUCGCCAUCCUGAGCCGCCGCGCUCGCCUGCACUACGGGAUACUGGAAGGAUUAGCAGGAUCACAAUGGAGAUUCUUGAUUCAGCGCGGCAUGAAGUUGAUACUUCACGCAAAGAAAAGCUUAUUAGACUUGGAAAAAUUCUUAUUGAAGCUGUUAAUAACUCGCAUGAUGCCGAAAAGGCAAUGCUUACUGCUAUCCAGGCUGCAAAGGAGGCAGAAGUAGCAUGCGCAAUGGCAAAGGAAAAUGCUAUGAAGAUGAGCCAGGUUGCCUGUGACUGGACACGCCCCCUGGCACUAACUGAAUGA